AUGGCCCUGUUUUCAAGAACCAACAAUUUGCUCAAUGGCUUGUGUAAAAAAUUCAGCAUUCUUUUCCAAUUAUCGAAUCCCAUUUGCACAAAAGCCAAUCCAGACCAAUUACAGUUGGCUAACAGUCUCAUCUCCAUCUUCACAAGGAGACCCUUUAUCCCUGAAGGCCAAGAACUGAAUGUUCUGGGGUCAAAACUCACCACUGAAAUCGUUGAAACCGUUUUGAAAGGGCUCAAGAGUUGGAAAAUAGCUGAUAGGUUUUUCAAAUGGGCUUCAAGUCAAUGUGGGUUCAGGCACAAUUGCUAUACUUACAAUGCCAUGGCUUCAAUCCUAUCACAUGCUCGACAAAGUGCCUCACUGAGGGAUUUAACUACAGAGCUGGUGAGUUCAAGGUGUUAUAUGACACCGGGGGCUUUUGGUUACUUUUUAAGGUGUUUGGGAAGUCAAGGGCUGGUUCAGGAAGCUAAUGCCUUGUUUGAUGAGGUGAAAAGAUUGAAUCUUUGUGUCCUGAAUGGUUACAGCUAUAGUUGCCUUUUGGAGGUGAUUGCGAAGUCCGGUAAUGUUGAUUUGAUUGACUUUAGAAUAAAUGAAAUGCGUGGAUUAGGGUGGCAGCUUGAUAAGUACUCUUUGACUCCAGCGUUGCAAUGUUAUUGCAAUGCAGGGAAGUUCCAACAGGCGUUGGAUGUGUUUAAUGAAAUGCAUCAGAAGGGAUGGCUUGAUGCUCAUGUUUUCUCAAUCUUGGCGGUGUCUUUUAGCAAAUUGGGUGAGGUGGAUAAAGCGUUUGAGCUGAUAGAAAGGAUGGAUAAUCUCAAGAUUAACUUGAAUGAGAAAACUUUCUAUGUCUUGAUUCAUGGGUUUGUUGGGGAAGGAAGAGCAGACAAGGCCAUACAACUCUUAGAUAGAGUGCAGAAACUGGGAAUUAGUCCAGACAUUUCAAUUUAUGAUGUGCUAAUUAGAGGUCUGUGCAAGAAUAAAGAGAUUAAGAAAGCUCUGCAGUUGUACUCAGAAAUUAAUGAGUUAGGUAUACACCCUGAUGUUAAAACAGUUGCGGAGCUUAUAUCAUGUGUGCUUGAGGAGAGAGAUAUCAUGCGGUUACUGGAGGAAAGGCCACAAGAUUUAGAUGCGGAAUCAAUUCUUCUGUUGUAUAAUUCUGUUUUAAAAGGUCUUGUCAAUAUUGGCUUAGUUAACAAAGCUCAUUGUUUGCUAAGAUCAAUGAUGCAUGAUGGAUCGGGUAUCGAUCUUGAUGUGGACAAACUAUUUGGUGGACAAACAAUUCGCCCUAACACCACUUCCUUUGAGAUAAUUGUUGAUGCUCUUUGUUCAAGUGGUAAGUUAGAUGAUGCUUUGGGUCUCUUCAGAGAUAUGGAUAGAAUCAAUUGUUCCCGUAGUGUAAUACUGUACAAUAAUAUGAUUGAUUUUUUGAGUAAUGCCGAUAGGCUGACUGAAUGUUAUGAACUGCUGAUUGAGAUGAAGGAAUUCGGAUUCCAGCCGACACAUUUUACGUACAAUUCCAUAUUUGGUUGCCUGUGCAGGCAAAUGAAUGUUACCCGGGCCCUUCAUCUUGUCAGAGAUAUGCGUGCUUGUGGUCAUGAGCCUUGGAUAAAAAACUAUACACUGCUUAUCAAGAAACUGUGCAAACAUGGGAGAGCAGUUGAGGCUUGUAACUUUCUUGAUGAAAUGGUGAUAGAAGGUUUCCUUCCUGAUAUGGUUGCAUAUUCUACAGCUAUUGAUGGUCUUUUGAAGAUCAAAGAAAUAGACAGAGCUUUGAAGCUGUUUAGGGACAUUUGUCUGCGUGGUUAUGGCCCUGACGUGGUUGCCUACAAUAUUUUAAUACAUGGGUUGUGUAAGGCCCAAAAGUUGCCUGAAGCACAAGACCUCCUGAAUGAGAUGCUGGAGAAGGGGCUUGUUCCAUCAGUUGUUACUUACAAUUUGCUUAUCGAUGGAUGGUGUAAGAAUGGUGAUAUUGAUCAGGCCAUGUUAUGCCUAUUGAGAAUGGCUGAGAAAGAGCGAGAGCCCAAUGUCUUUACUUACACUACUUUAAUAGAUGGCCUAUGUAAUGCAGAAAGACCAAGUGAUGCACUGAAGCUUUGGAUGGAAAUGGAAGAAACUGGGUGUGCUCCGAACAGGAUAACUUUUAUGGCCCUAAUCAAUGGGCUCUGCAAGUGCAAUAGGACUUCUGAUGCUCUAGUAUAUUUGCUCAAGAUGGAGGAGAAGGACAUGAUUCCUGAUGCUUUUAUUUAUGUAGCAUUAAUAGAUGCACAUUUAUCUAAUUCGGACCCAGGAACAGCUUUUGACUUGUUCACAAAAAUGAUCCAGAACAGAAUUUUUCCUGAUUCAACUGAUAAGAACAAUGUGAUUCUUAAGCAAGCAAUAUCUAGUUUAUCUGAAGAUCCUAGAACCUCAUCAAGUGUUAAGCAUCUUAUGGCCCUGGGGAGCAUUCCCGCACAUCUGUGUUUCUGAAGUGUGAAUUAGAAUAAAUAUCUGGUUGCACCGUUAAUGGUCUAGUGUGACUAUUAUCAGAUGGUAACUCAGUUAAAACUAAGGUGUAUCAGAAUGGUAUAAUUGAAUGAUAUUGGAGCCUUCAUCAAUGAAUUCAUAGCAUUGUACUUUUGGCCUUCAGGGUCCUUGGAGCCUCUAAUCCUGCCUCCAGCUUCAGGACUAUAUAAUUCCUUCAUCUAUGAAUAUGUGCUGUGGCAUCAAAAUCUAUGAAAGUCCAGUUGAGACUGCAAUCUAGCUGCCUCAGCUUCAGGACCAAAUCUGCAAGUAGUCCCUUUUUAGUGUUGGAAAUUGGCGUCAAUGAUGAUUGCUUGAUCGGAUGCACUUCCAAGCCAAGCAUGGGCAGGAGUUUCUCACGUUUGAACAAUUCUGCAGUAAUGGGCAUCCAAUGAAUAUGUCCUUGGGGCAAAUUCAGCUUUGGUCCUCAUCUCCCGUUAGGAUCUAACUUAGGGCCUAUCUUGUUUCCCACAAGAAGAAAAAAGAAAAGAUAUAGGGCCAUUUGAUAAAACUGAAAUCUGA